CUUGUGGAUCAAAGAGGCAGAGACACAAAGACGUUGCAGCGAAGAGAGACAGAAGAGACAGAGGACGGAGAGAAGCUGCAGACGGAGCUGGAAGCGCAGGGAAAGAUGCACUCCUUCCUGCUGCUCGGCUGUUUUGUCCUCGCCACCACAGAGUCCUUCCUGGGCUCUGCCCACAUGAUCGCUGACGAGAGACUCUCCACCAAUAAGGUGGUUGUGUCGAACAUCGUGUCCCAAAGCCUCGACAUCGCCUCACCCCCUGUCGUAAUCAUGGAGUUACCCAAAUCAGUCAAGAGCAAGAGAGCAAAGAAACAGAAGCAAAAGAAGAAAAAAAUGGCGAGGCGGCCGCGCCCCCCGGCGAACUGCGUUCCCUUGUGGGGAAGCUGCAAAUCCUCCGGCAACGUGUGCUGUGACUUCUGUGCCUUCUGCCAUUGUCGGCUCUUCAGAACUGUGUGUGUCUGUCGAAUGGGCAACCCCCGCUGCUGAGGGGCCACGUGCAGCCGACCCGGCUCCGGGCUCACAGGGCAGAACUUCAUGCUGCAGCAGGCUACGUGAAGUGAGGGGACUCACUUCUGGGUUUGGUCCAUGAUGUGUAAGUCUGCCUGAAGUCCACUGCAUGAGAGCACUUUAUCACAGAGGCCUGCAGCACAGUGAACGUUCCCGAAGACUCCGACAGGGUGUGACUUCUGUAGCACUGCAAUCAAACUCCUCAAUAAAAGGUUUUUAAACAAGUCUCUAUUUUACUUUGAGCUUUUAGCAUGCAUAGAUAGAGUUUAUGCUCAAACCAUUUUGUAUAUUGCUUUAUUUUUUACACAGAAAAAGAUGAACGUACAAUAACUUUUUUUUGUGAGUAUCAGACAUUUUAUAAACCUUUGUAAGAAUAAAGUCCUUUACUAUG